AUGGUCAACGUUCCCAAGACCAGGAGGACCUACUGCAAGGGCAAGCCCUGCAAGAAGCACACCCAGCACAAGAUCACCCAGUACAAGACGGGCAAGGCUUCGCUCUACGCCCAGGGCAAGCGCCGUUACGACCGGAAGCAGAGCGGUUACGGUGGUCAGACCAAGCCCGUCUUCCACAAGAAGGCCAAGACGACCAAGAAGGUCGUCCUCCGCCUCGAGUGCGUUGCCUGCAAGUACCGAUCCCACAUGGCCCUGAAGCGCUGCAAGCACUUCGAGCUCGGCGGUGACAAGAAGCAGAAGAACGCUGCCCUCGUCUUCUAA